GGGCGGAAGGAAGAGUCUCGGCCCGAGGGAGGCGCUAUGGCGACCACCGUCACUACUCAGCGGGGCCCGGUGUACGUUGGUGAACUUCCUCAAGAUUUUCUUCGUAUUACCCCAACCCAGCAGCAACAGCAAAUCCAGCUGGAUGCCCAGGCAGCUCAGCAGCUACAGUAUGGAGGACCAAUGGGUACAGUCGGCAGACUCAGCAUUACUGUAGUACAGGCAAAAUUAGCAAAGAACUAUGGAAUGACCCGCAUGGAUCCAUAUUGUCGAAUACGGCUGGGGUAUGCUGUGUAUGAAACUCCAACAGCACAUAAUGGAGCCAAGAACCCCCGCUGGAACAAAGUUAUUCAGUGCACUGUUCCCCCAGGAGUGGACUCGUUUUAUCUAGAGAUAUUUGAUGAGCGGGCCUUUUCAAUGGAUGACCGCAUUGCUUGGACACACAUUACAAUUCCUGAGUCUCUGAAACAAGGAAAUGUGGAGGAUGAAUGGUAUAGCCUGAGUGGAAGGCAGGGUGAUGACAAGGAAGGAAUGAUUAAUCUGGUUAUGUCGUACACGUCUUUGCCAGCUGCCAUGAUGAUGCAGCCCCAGCCAGUGGUCCUGAUGCCCACUGUGUAUCAGCAAGGAGUUGGAUAUGUGCCUAUAGCAGGUAUGUUUUCUCCUUGA